UUCUCUCUCUGAUUUCUCUCUUACUCAAACCAAAGAGAGAAAAGAUGUUUGCUUUCUGUGAAAAAUGAAGAGCUUCAAAACAGGGUUAUGCAUCUUCCAUGGCCUGUCAUUGUGCUUAUCAUCCAUUUCCACCAUCACCAUUGAUGAGCUCCAACACCAACAAGACCAGCAAUCUUGUUAUUGCUUCAUCAAAAAAACCCAAUUCUGUUUUGCUAUCUGCCAUCAGCCACAAUAGAGAGUCUUACAGUACCUUUGUUUCUGAGGCUGUUGGUCUUUUGGGUCCAGCAAAAUUCGACGCUUCAAAGCUAAAGGUCGAGUUUAUGGGAGAAGAGAUGAACAACUAUGUUGGGAUCAUCCCAAGAACUUACAUCCUAUCUCAUUGUGACUUCACAGCUAACUUGACCUUAACAAUCUCCAAUGUCAUCAACCUUGAACAGUUAAAAGGAUGGUACAACAAGGAUGAUGUUGUUGCAGAGUGGAAAAGGGUGAAUGGUGAAAUGUGUCUGCAUAUCCAUUGCUAUGUGAGCGGUCCCAAUCUCUUGCUAGACCUGGCAGCGGAGUUCAGAUAUCACAUAUUUUCAAAAGAAAUGCCUCUGGUACUGAAAGCUGUGUUACAUGGAGACUCACCACUCUUCAGAGAGCAUCCAGAGCUACUUGAUGCUUUAGUUCGGGUUUAUUUUCAUUCUAGUUUGAAGAAGUACAACAGAAUUGAAUGUUGGGGUCCUCUCAAGGAUGCUGUAGAGGAAAGACCAAGGGAUCACACUCAAGGAGCAAUUGCAUCUAUUGAUCCCCUCCAUCCUCCAGACAAGUGGGCAAGGCCAAGAUCCUUAUUCCAAGUUCUAUUUGCGUUCCUUCUUUAAAGUCCAUUGCAUAUAAAACAAAAUCCUAAAUACCUCAGAGGCUCGACAACUGCAACUCCUGACGCUAGAAGCAAAGAAUGAAUCGGCUUU